CACUCUUUUAGAGAUUCAUCGAGGACACGCUUGUAUAAACACGGCUACUUAUCAAACCAAGAAUCCAAAGUAGACACACAGCUUUUAUUGGAAGAGGAGGUUGAGUUGCCCCAAACUCCACUACCAUUUCUUCCAAAGCCAGCUAAGCGCGCGUUCAGCCUCCGCUUCACCGGAGAUGCCACCCGAACCAGACGACUCAUCGGCGGCAUUCUCUACCGGCGCGUCAGGAAGCUACGUGAAGGUCCUUCAGGGCAGGUACGAGCUCGGCCGCGUCCUCGGCCGGGGCGCCUCGUCUAAGGUCUACCGCGCGCGCGACGUCCGCUCGGGAGUCUAUGUCGCCGUCAAGGCUGUCCGGAAGCCGCACCACCCGUGCUCGCCCGAAGACGCCGCGGCAGCGCGACGGUCAGUGGAGCGGGAGCUCGCCGCGCUCCGCCGCGUCCAGGGCCACCCACACGUCGUGCGCCUCCUCGACGUUCUGGCAUCCCGCUCCACCGUGUACCUCGUGCUGGACCUCGCACGCGGCGGCAGCGUCCAAUCCGCGCUGGAGGAAAGGGGACGAUCCGAGGAGCCGGCUGCCCGCCAGCUUUUUGGGCAGCUCGUCUCCGCGCUGGCGCACGCGCACGCGCGCGGCGUGUUCCACCGGGACGUGAAGCCGGAGAACCUGCUCCUGGACGAGCGCGGCGGACUCAAGCUCACCGACUUCGGGCUCUGCGCCUUCGCUGACCGUCAGCUCGGCGCAGACGGGCUCACGGCCACGGCCUGUGGGUCCCCUGCCUAUGUCGCUCCAGAGAUCCUCCUCAAGAAGCGCUACGACCCCGGCAUGGCCGACGUGUGGUCAUGCGGCGUCGUGCUGUUCUCGCUCACCGCCGGCUACCUACCGUUCAACGACGGCAACCUCAUGGGCAUGUACCGCAAGAUUUGCUCGGGGAAGUUCCAGUGCCCCAAGUGGUUGUCCUCGGAGCUCCGGUCCCUCAUUGGGAGGAUGCUGGAUCCGGAGCCUGAAAGACGCAUAAAGGUUGGAGAAAUCUUAAGCCACCCUUGGUUACAGCGAGAUGGCAUGUCCAUCCCAGUCGUUGCCUCUUCUCCUCAUCCUACACCAGAGGUGCUGAAAUGGGAAGCAGAAUCAGAGCUGCCAAGGGAGAUGAAUGCAUUUGAUAUCCUUACAUUCGCGUCAGGGUGUGACCUGAGCGGCUUGAUCGGGACUUUGCCAGAUAGGGAUCGAUUUGUUGUAUCGAGUUUGAGUAUAAAUGCCAGGUCAAUCUUGGACAAAGUUGAGGAGCUAGGGCGUGAAGAAGGGUUGUUCAGGAUGAGGAGGAAGGAAGAGGCAGGGUUUGGAGGGAUUCUAUUGGAAACAAUUGAUGGGAAAUUCGUCGCGCAAGCAAGUGUUCAUCUGCUGCACGAGGAAAUGUUGCUUGUUGAGGUUGAAAGAGCUAGCAACGAAGAGCUACCAAAAUUUUGGGAGAAACUUCAAUCAAGUCUUAAAUUCUUAACAAACUGAAUAUCAAGAUUGCCUAUUGGAGUAAUUGCGCUCAAGAGCCCCAUCCUCUUGCUAAUUGCCGUUCCUCCGCAUAAGAAGACACUGAUUUGAUACUGAUCGCAUCAGUAUGGAUGAGAUGGCUACUGACCAAAUUUGGAGCAGAAAUUGACCAAAUUUGGAGCAGAAAUUACCUGUGGUAGUUGAGGACUCUAUUGUAAAACCCUAGAUAUGGCUUUGUUUGGCUGCACUUCUAUCCACAUCAAUCCAUAUAUAUUAGAGUUAAAUAUUAACUAAUUUUCACAUC